CUACCAUGUCUCGCAAAGCCGGCUUCGUGAGCACCUACGAUGGCGGGGUGGCGGCGGGACCGAACUCGGUGCGCGGUUGCGCGGCAGGCGGCUAAUCAGAUGGAGCAAGAGAUGCCGGCGCAUCCCCCCCGAGACGCUGGGCGGGUGGCGCGGGGCAGGUAUAUGUCAUGGCAAGCUCCCCUCCAUCGCGACUGCCUCAUGAGCACCUCGUACAUCGACAACCUUGACCUUGCCCCCUCCCACCAAGCACCGCUUUCUGCUCGUCCGGACGCCAUCACACGCACCCCAUCAUGUCUGUCGAAGUCAUCAACACCAUCUCCCCCACCACCAACGAGGCCAUCAUCACCCGCAACGGGGCCUCGGCGGCCGACCUCGAGCAGCUGCCCAAGGUCGCCACCGAAGCCUUUGAGAGCUUCCGCAAAACUACGCUCAAGGAGAGGCAGGACAUUGUCAGGAAGUUCCUCAAGGGCCUUGGCGACCAUGAGAGCGAGCUGGCCCAGGAGCUGACGGUGCAGAUGGGCCGACCCAUCGCCUUCACCGGCAAAGAGAUUAGCACGGCGGUCAAACGCGGCGAGUAUCUGCUCAAGAUCAGCGACGAGGCUCUCAAGGACACGGACGGCGAACCGGAGAAGGGCUUCAAGCGCUUCAUUCGCAAGGUGCCCGUCGGACCCGUGCUCAUCAUCUUUGCGUGGAAUUACCCCUACUUGAUUCUCGUCAACUCCCUGAUCCCCGCUAUUCUGGCGGGCAACACGGUCAUUCUCAAGCCCUCGCCCCAGACCCCCACCAUCGUGGAGCGCGUGACUCAGAUAUUCUCCGAUGCUGGGCUGCCCAAGGGUGUGCUGCAGUACUUCCACUGCGGCUCCCCUACCGUCAUGGAGACGAUUGUGCGGGACCCGAGGAUCGCUCUGGUCUGCUUCACAGGCUCCGUGGCUGGCGGCUUGGCCGUGCAAAAGGCUGCUGCCGACCGCAUCGUCAACGUCGGCCUCGAGCUGGGCGGCAAAGACCCGGCCUACAUCAGAGAAGACGUGGACAUUGAUUGGGCAGCCGAGGAGAUUGUUGACGGCGCCAUCUUCAAUUCGGGCCAGAGCUGCUGCUCGCUGGAGAGGGUGUACGUGAAUGAAAAGAUUCACGACGGGUUUAUUGCAGCGGUGCAGAAGGUGCUCAAGGGCUACAAGCUGGGCGAUCCGUUUGACAAGGCCACUCACGUGGGACCCGUUAUUUCCAAGCGUUCCAAGGAGACGAUUCAGUCGCACAUCAAGGACGCCUUAGACAAGGGCGCCAAGGAUGCGACGCCGGCAAACGAGAGCUUCGCGAACCCUCCGCCCAAGGGCAACUUUGUGAAACCGACACUGCUGACGGGCGUCGAUCACUCCAUGACGGUGAUGACGGAGGAGACGUUCGGCCCGGUGAUUCCCAUCAUGAAGGUCAAGAGCGAUGCCGAGGCCAUCAAGCUCAUGAACGACAGCGAGUUCGGACUGACGGCCAGUAUUUGGACCAAGGACACGGGCAAGGGCUACGAGCUGGCCGAGGAGGUGGAGGCGGGGACUGUAUUCGUUAAUCGAUGCGAUUAUCCUAGUCCGGAUCUGGCGUGGACGGGGUACAAGAAUUCGGGCAAGGGUCAGACACUGGGGCGAUUCGGCUUCGACCAAUUUGUCAAGUCCAAGAGCUUCCACGUCAAGGACUACCCCAAGUAAAGCAGGCAAAGAAGACGAGUCGAGUCGCAAGGGAAGGGGCGGCGCGACAGGCGUGGUGGAACUGGUGUCACCGGGGGCACUGCCUGGGACGGUUCGCCAGGAGCGGGCAAGCUGAGAUUUUGAUGAGACGUGCUGACGAUUAGCGAGAGACGAGGUCGCCCUUUGCGAGCCGGGGACCCUUGCCGGACAUUUGCGUGAAAUUGGGCCGGUACCGAGAUCGCGGUCGAAUCCGCCACUAGAAGCCUUUAUAUGGCGUUGGGCUGUGUCAUGGACGGGGGGCGGCGGAUGCUCGGUCGGAUGUUGGCACGAGAGGGAUGGCAGGGGCAGCAGGACCAGGACACGGCGGUGGUUUAUGAAGAUUGGGCGUGAAUGCCGACGGGCGUGAUGGUGUCUGGCGGAGGCUCGCAUGCUCGCUAGGGGAGCGAGACAAGACCGGGUCCCCCCCACUGGCGAAGGCAAGGGAGAAGCGACAGAGUGGUUGGAUUCACGGCGUCCGUGAAUUAGCAGUCGGGCAGCUAGUCAGUCAGUCAGUCGGAGCAGACGCCUCGGGAGAGGAGCAACAGAGGGCGCGCCAACGUCAAUGCACUCG